AUGGAGUUGAGGAUUCGGUGUAACCGAUGUGCUGAAGUUUCUUUACACUCAAGAUUUAAGCUUAAUUUUGCUGUGAUAUUUAUCAAGGCUUUAUUGAUAUUAUUGUUGUUGGAAGCCGCUUAUGCAACAACGAAAGAACUCCAAUUGCAGAGACAAAGAGCUGAAAAGGGGAACGAGAAUAUAAUAUCACAUUCUUGUAUUCAUGAUCAGAUAAUCGAACAAAGGAAUAGACCUGGUCGCAAGGUGUAUACUGUUUCCCGACAGGUCUAUGAGGAGUCUGGUGUUUCAAAGCCCCUUCAACAAAGGGGAAGGGCAUUGCUUGGUGUUUCUGAAUUGCCAAGGUGGCAUAAUGAUGCUAAGCAACCUAUAAGAAUUUAUUUGAAUUAUGAUGCUGUUGGUCAUUCGUCAGAUAGAGACUGUCUGAAUGUUGGUGAUAUUGUUAAGCUCGGGGAACCAACAGGUGCUUCUUUUUCUGGUCACCCUUCUUGUAAUCCACACGGAGAUCCUCCAGUUUAUGGUGAUUGCUGGUAUAAUUGUACAGUGGAUGAUAUUGCUGGGGAGGACAAAAAGCAUCGCCUUCGCAGGGCUCUCGGGCAGACAGCAGACUGGUUCGGGAGAGCUUUAGCUGUUGAGCCUGUAAAGGGGAACUUGCGAUUAAGUGGAUACUCUGCAUGUGGACAAGAUGGAGGUGUGCAACUCCCCAGGGAAUCUGUGGAAGAGGGGGUCGCUAAUGCAGAUUUAAUUCUUUUGGUGACCACAAGGCCAACUACUGGCAACACUCUAGCAUGGGCAGUGGCAUGUGAACGUGAUCAAUGGGGUCGUGCCAUUGCUGGACACGUGAAUGUUGCACCACGUCACUUGACUGCUGAAGCUGAAACUUUACUUUCAGCUACUCUGAUACACGAGGUUAUGCACGUUCUUGGAUUUGAUCCCCAUGCCUUUGCUCAUUUUCGGGAUGACAGGAAAAGAAGGCGUAUACGGGUCACUGAACAAGCUACAGAUGAAAAGCUUGGAAGAAUGGUAACGAAAGUGGUGCUUCCUCGAGUUAUCAUGUACUCACGUUACCAUUACGGGGCAUUCUCUCAGAAUUUCUCAGGUUUGGAGCUAGAAGAUGGUGGUGGACGUGGCACAUCAGGAUCCCACUGGGAGAAAAGACUUUUAAUGAAUGAGAUAAUGACUGGCUCAGUGGAUACAAGAUCAGUAGUUUCAAAAAUGACCCUUGCUUUACUAGAGGACAGUGGAUGGUACCGUGCUAAUUACAGUAUGUCAGAUCGUCUUGACUGGGGUCGGAACCAAGGAACUGAAUUCGUCACCUCCCCUUGCAAUCGUUGGAAGGGGCCAUAUCAUUGCAACACAACACAGAUUUCAGGAUGUACAUAUAACAGGGAGGCAGAAGGUUACUGCCCUAUAGUAAGUUAUAGUGGGGAGCUUCCACAAUGGGCACGCUAUUUUCCAGAGGCUAACAAAGGCGGUCAGUCAUCAUUGGCUGAUUAUUGCACAUAUUUUGUUGCCUACUCUGAUGGAUCUUGUACUGCCACUAACAGUGCUAGGGCACCUGACAGGAUGUUGGGUGAGAUGCGUGGAAGUAGUUCAAGGUGUAUGGCCUCAUCAUUGGUGCGUAGUGGGUUUGUAAGAGGCUCUACAACCCAAGGAAAUGGUUGUUAUCAGCAUAGGUGUGUAAACAACACUCUGGAGGUUGCUGUGGAUGGCAUUUGGAAAGUAUGCCCUGAAUCUGGUGGACCUGUUCAAUAUCCCGGGUUUAAUGGUGAACUGAUCUGCCCAGCUUACUAUGAACUCUGCCAUGUGGAUCCAGUCCCUGCAUCUGGUCAAUGCCCCAAUUCAUGUAAUUUUAAUGGUGAUUGUAUUGAUGGAAAAUGUCGCUGCUUUUUAGGGUUUGAGGGUUAUGAUUGUAAUCGACGUUCCUGCCCUAAUAAUUGUGCUGGGCAUGGCAAGUGCCUUGCAGAUGGUGUUUGUGAAUGUGAAAAUGGGUACACUGGCAUUGAUUGUUCAACAGCUGUUUGCGAUGAGCAAUGCAGUCUUCAUGGUGGGGUCUGUGAUAAUGGUGAAUGUGAGUUCCGUUGCUCGGAUUAUGCUGGCUACACAUGUCAAAACAGCUCUUCACUUCUCCCCGAUCUCUCGGUCUGCAAAGAUGUCCUAGAGAAAGAUGUGUUGGGCCAACAUUGUGCACCAAGUGAAUUGAGUGUAUUGCAGCAGCUAGAAGAAGUUGUUGUCAUGCCCAACUACCAAAGGCUAUUUCCAGGAGGGCCUCGGAAGUUUUUAAACUAUAUUAGAGGCAGAGACUGUGAUGGAGCUGCCAAGCGAUUAGCCUGCUGGAUAUCUAUACAAAAGUGUGACAAGGAUGGUGACAACAGACUGCGGGUAUGCCACUCUGCGUGCCACUCAUAUAACCUAGCAUGUGGAGCAUCACUUGAUUGCUCGGACCAAACCCUCUUUAGCAAUGAAAGUGAGGGUGAAGGACUGUGCACAGGCUGGGGCGAAUUAGAUUCAUGGUUGUAA